AUGAGCCGCGCUAGAAGGAAUUGGACGGAGAAGGAAGAUAAUCUUUUGCGAGAUUUGGUGCAGAAAGAGUUAGAAGACGAUCGACCAGUGCUCUGGCGUGAAUUAGCUAAGCACAUCCCCGGCCGGUCGAAUAAAGAUUGCCGCAAGAGAUGGUGGAAUAGUCUGGCGGGUGGAACAGUGAAAGGAGCUUGGUCACCUGAAGAAGAUCAACGUCUGACUGACGCUGUGAAGAAGUUCGGGACGAAUUGGCCACAGGUCGCUGCCGUCGUAGGCUCACGCUGUGGAGAUCAAUGCUCCAGUCAUUGGCGCCAGGUGCUAAACCCUGACAUCAAUUAUUGCGACUGGACUGGAGACGAGGACGAAAAGCUGCUUGCCGCCGUUCAUACCUACGGCACCAAUUGGUCCCGCAUUGCGUCGUUUCAUGAACCUCAGCGAACCACUCUGGCGCUGAAGAACCGAUACUGGAAACUGCGACUGAAGAGUCAAAGCGGUACUAAAUCACCAUCCACGAAGUCGCCCUCGCAGCCCGCAGUCAAAAUGAAAACCCAGCAGGGGACUCUCAAGUUGAUGCGAACAGCCGCACCAGAUGAGAGCGACGAUGAUGACGAUGAUGAUGGCGAUGAGGGAGGGAGAUAUGAGUUUGAUGAAAGCGAUUCGGAAGAAAUGGACUUGGUAACAGAUAUGAAUGCUCGAUACGACGAGCUGCCGCAUUCGCAGACUGAAUGGGCGAGCAGUUGCGCAUCGCCAUCCAAGGCAAAUGCAGCGACAACACCCCGCAUGUGCAUGGGUUAUUUAGAUGUGAUGGUGCCUAAGGACAGGAUCCAGCUAAGCAAUUCUGCACUCGAAGGACAAUGGAUGGAAGGGAUGGCUGCGCAUAUGACAAGCAACACCUCGACCCCUCUAUAUCUUAACGACGGCUUUCUCGGCCCUACCGAGCAUGAUAGCGCCAACCAAGACUAUACAAGUAUCCCAUCUGUGGCACAACGAGGAGAAGGCUCGAUGGACAUGGACUUCAGCAAUUUGACCGAAAGUCUUGGUCUGGGCUCUCACGCCUUCAAGGGGUAUGACGUUUCAGUAGGACAAAAACCCUCCUUCUCUUUCCCAGUGGCGAAUCAGAGCAUGGGAAAUUCUGGAAUCAUCCCAAUUGAUCCAUCGGUUACGGACACUGCUUUGAAGGAGAAGUCUUCUGAAAGGGUCUCGCAUCAAGUUUCAAUCAACUUUUCGUGCACGACUGGAGAACUGAGCAAUAUAAUGUGUCUCCUUGCAAGCAUAGGUCUGGUGGUGAAUAUGAAGAUUGACACGCAAUAG